AAGAAUGAAGUGGAAUGAGUAGAUAGAAAUAUAUAUCAGUGAGGAUUGAGGAAGGGGUUUCCGGAUAAGAGCAAAAAAGCGACUGUUUAUUACGAGUAUUUACUUUACUCACUAUUAUUAUUAUUAUUAUUAUAAUAUAAUAUAUUAUAUUAUUAGGGGUUAUUAUUAAGAUUAGGGUUUAAGGGAUUUUGUCUUGGAGAGCAAGAUACAAUUGAAAUCGUGUGUGUGUGUGUGUGUUUAUAUUUGGUUGGUUGGGGGGUUUAGGGUUCCCCAUUUUUCUUCAGUUGAAUCCCAAAUCCAAAUUCAAGAUAACAAUGAGUAGCAAGAUAUUGAUGAUGAGAUCUGCAAUCAGAUCCUUCAACAACAAUACCAAUAAUAUCAUCAGACAUUCAUCGUCGCCGCCACUUAUCAGGGCUGCUGCUGCUGCAUCAUCCCCUUUUACCGUUCGCCACUACCGUGCCUCUCACGAUCCCUCCAACAAUUAUGAUACGGUACCCCCUGUGAAUUGGGGUGUCCGUAUCGUUCCGGAGAAGAAGGCUUUCGUGAUAGAGAGAUUUGGCAAGUACGCGAAAACAUUGGAGCCCGGGAUUCACAUGUUGAUCCCUGUUGUUGACAAGAUUGCUUACGUCCACUCCCUUAAGGAAGAGGCCAUUCCUGUCCCCAAUCAAUCUGCCAUUACCAAAGACAAUGUCUCUAUUUUGAUUGAUGGCGUCCUCUAUGUUAAGAUCGUCGACCCUAAGCUCGCUUCUUAUGGUGUUGAAAACCCGCUUUAUGCCGUCAUUCAGCUUGCUCAAACCACCAUGCGUAGUGAGCUUGGCAAGAUCACUCUUGACAAAACCUUUGAAGAAAGAGACACCCUCAAUGAAAAGAUUGUCAUAGCAAUCAAUGAAGCUGCAAGAGAUUGGGGAUUGCAAUGUCUUCGUUAUGAAAUAAGGGAUAUAUCUCCUCCCCGUGGUGUGAAAGCAGCUAUGGAGAUGCAGGCUGAAGCAGAACGUAAAAAGAGAGCCCAGAUUUUGGAGUCGGAAGGAGAAAGACAAGCACACAUUAACCGUGCUGAUGGAAAGAAGAGCUCAAUGAUGUUGGAAGCUCAGGGAGAAGCAGAGGCUAUUUUGGCUAGAGCUCAAGCAACAAAUAAAGGAAUUGCUUUGGUUUCUCAAGCUCUUAAAGAAAAUGGAGGAGUGGAGGCAGCAAGCUUGCGUAUUGCAGAACAAUACAUCAAUGCUUUUGGAAAUGUAGCGAAGCAGAGCACAACUCUGUUGCUCCCAAUGGGUGCUUCAAAUCCUGCCAGCAUGAUGGCACAGGCUCUCAACAUAUACAAAAGCUUAAUCGGUCAGGAUUCUGGAAAUGCUGCCCUACCUGAGUCUACUGCAGAUACCAAGACUGAAUCACAUGCUAGUGGAGUUGCUGGACAUGAGAGCUAUUCUAGCCUAGGAUCACCAGUGUUUUCACUUCAAGACAAGAGUAAGAAAUGAAGAUGCAUCUGCUGAGCAACAUAUUCACUGAGGAAUUUUUUAGCUAUUACUCAUCUUCGAUUAGGUUACAUGUGUUGGUUAAAACGUGUCAAAUCCUGUUUUUUGCAUAUAGUAUGAUUAUUCGUGUUAGAUAAAUGAAUGCAAUUGUGAUUUCGUUGGGUCUGAGAGAGUUUACAGUAGAAAGUGGACUACUACAGGCUGGAAUUGGAAGAUGAAUGAACAAGUUUAUUUGGGAAA